UGUUUUAGUGAUUGGAAAUCCCAUCUUCAAUUCGCGCAAUCUGUGUCCAAAGUUUGAACCUUUGGCCAUUUGGGUCGUUUCAGAAACCUGCAAAUUAUGCAUAGGAGGUUCGAAUUCGGAGCCUUUGAAGUUUCUAUUUUUUGAUAAAUUUGUAGGGAGUGAGUGAAGAAGGGCUAUGGAAGCUUACAAGAGAUGGGUGAGAGAGAACAAAGAUUAUGUGCACUCGUUGGAGUCUUUGGCCAAUGGCUUGACAUGGCUUCUUCCAGAACGGUUCUCAGAAUCAGAGAUUGGACCUGAAGCAGUGACAACCGUUCUAGGCAUUAUCACUGCUAUCAAUGAACAUAUAAUCGAUACAGCGCCUGCUCAAAACAUUACAGGCUCUGUGGAGCCUUAUACAUUUCCUUAUCCAUUAUGCUUAUCUGCACUAAAAGAUUUAGAAACAUUAGUUGAAGUUGUGGCACAACAUUACUAUGGGGAUGAUAAGAAAUGGAGUUUUCUUGCUGUUACUGAAGGAACCAAGGUACUCGUUCGGUUAUCUUUGUUUCGGAAGAGUGGAUAUAAGAUGCUGCUACAUGGAGGGGAGACAUCUAAUGAUGCUACGUAUUCAGGUCAAAAUGGGUCCAAGCCUGAUGGGCAUUAUGGUUCUAGUUUCUUGUCAAACAAAAAUGGUCCAAACCCAUCGAAUCUGGAAGGAAGAGCACUGUCUGCUUUGAGUAAAUUUGGAGAUACAGCAAGGAUGGUGUCAGAUCCUGCACAGUUUCGUAGGCUUCAACACCAACAAGCAAUUAUGGCAUCUUCAAUUCCAAGGGCGGAGAGACCAACACUUUCCACCAUAUUGUCAAAAAGAGGUCUUCCUGGGGCAUUGUUUCUGAUUGGGGAAGUUCUGUUUAUUUGCAGACCACUUAUUUAUGUUUUAUGCAUCCGAAAAUGUGGUAUUCGGUCAUGGACCCCUUGGUUCCUCUCCUUGGCUACUGAAUGCAUGUCAAACACUAUUCUUUCGCUAGUUUCCACAUCAGCGACUAACAGGAAUGAGCACAAGUAUCAUCUUUCUGCCCUGGAAAAGGAUGAGAUUAAACGAAGGAAGCUGCUAUUUGUACUUUACCUUAUGAGGGAUCCAUUCUUCACCAAGUAUACGAGGCAAAGACUUGAGAGCACUGAGAAAGUUUUGGAACCUAUACCUGUCAUAGGAUUUCUCACAGCCAAACUUGUUGAGCUUCUGAUUGGAGCCCAAACAAGAUACACCUACAUGUCAGGAUCAUGAUAGAAAAACUAAGAUACUCAUAGAAAUUGGGAAGAUAUUCUUAGUGUUCUUCCAUUAUGUCUCCAAUCAAGAUCUUUCAAAUUACCAAGAGAUAUCAAAUCAGCAAAAGGUUUUGAUUGAAAUGUAAGAAACCAUGCAAGGGUGAACAUUACAAGAAUCCCAAAGUUGGGAAGUGUAAGGCUUGCAUGUGCCAUGUGUGGGGAUAAAUUGUUAGCUAUGAUUAUGAUAUGGCUCCACUCCCCACAAAUUGUUAUAAAUAGGGAUAUUAUAUUUUUAUUUAGGAGAUUUUGUUCCUUUUUUUUUUAACAAAGUUCUCUCAGAAAGAAUUUUAUUGUGUUGUUUUGCACUCAUAAUAAGUUAAGGGAUCAUCAAUUGGCAAGUUAAUAUGUGAUCUUGGAGAAAGAAAUUGUAUUGUUUAAACUUGUUCAUAUUA